AUGCACGAUCCAAUAGGAACUCCGGCUUGCUCUUCGUCUAGAUAUCACCAGAUGCAACCUGAUGAGCCGACCAGUGUAGGCAGAUUGGGGCAGAGAGUUUUUAAGUCAGUGUAUCGAACGAAGAUUGCCGGCCAGUGUCGCUUGAUUACCGUCACAUGGUGUAGGAACCUUUUACUUCGCGGCCUUUCUGUCUCGGUUCAUGGACCGGAUGGGGAUGAGCAUUACAGGUGCAAAGUUGAGCUCAAGCCAUGGUAUUUCCGGAGAAAACAAGGCUCCAAACAUUUCAUCGUGGACGGUACGACCGUCGAUGUGGUUUGGGACCUCAAGGCAGCCAAGUUCAAUGGUGAGACAGAGCCGCGAUCGGAUUACUAUGUCGCCAUCGUCUGCGAAGACGAGGUCGUUCUACUCUUGGGUGAUCAAAAGAAAGAUGCUUAUAGAAAGACAGGUUGUAGGCCAUCUCUUAGUGACCCAAUAUUAAUCUCCAGGAGGGAACAUAUAUUUGGCAAGAGGAAGUUCACGAGGGUUAAGUUUAGCGACAAAGGAACCGUUCAGGAUAUCUCGGUCGAAUGCAACUCCGACGGGAUCGAUCCGGUACUGGAAAUACGAGUCGACGGGAAACUAGCAGUUCAUGUUAAGCAUCUGCAGUGGAAAUUUAGAGGUAAUGAGUCCAUUAAUGUUGGCAAAAAUGGAUUACAAGUUUUCUGGGAUGAUCAUGAUUGGCUCUUCGGGUCGGGUCCGAGACACGGCCUUUUCAUUCCAUCAUCCCCUCCAUCAAAUCAGGAACCCGAUUCUGCAUCAGGAGAUUUUGAUAAUACAAUAUUGGGUUCCUCAAGGUUCUGCUUGUUUCUCUAUGCCUGGAAAGUCGAAUGAAAGUACAUUCAUCAUCUAUGCAUCAUUUUCCGAGAAUCAGAGGCAUUUUCAACAUGAUUGAGAGGUUCCAUUGGAAACACAAGGGCCCGAAACAAAGCUGGAAGACAGGAUUUGACAAACAGGAUUUGACAAGCCAGAUUGGAGGACUUUUGGAAGUUUUCCAAUCAACAUUUUCCUAUUGUUUUCUAAUGGUAGCAUUAGUAAUUCAGAUAAAAUCUUGUGUGUAUGGGGAUGACGAUGACGAUGUAUACGUGUUUUUGUCCUGCAAAUUUGUUUUCCCUUUUAUUUUUCAAUAUUUAUGGUUGUACUAGCUUUACAUGUGAUUUACUGUUGCGAGUUAGGAAGAUACAUAAUUAAGG